AAUGGAUUUGUCAUUUUCGAUGAUUAUGAGCGCAUGAACGAGAACGUGCCCAUCAAUUAUCCUGCAAGCUCUGAACAAUUCGUCCAAUACAACUUCGUAUAGCUCCAUUUCAGCCAUGAGCGCUAUAUCAACUUCAACACCGACAGCGACCUCCGGCAAUAUGGGCUCGGAGCUGAAGGCCACAGGCGCAGCACAGCAAAAAGUCAAGCCCUGCUGUGUAUGCACAAACGAAAAAGCGCAACGAGACGAAUGCAUGCUCUUCUCGACCGCCUCCGAACCUCAAGAACACUGCAAGGAUCUGGUAUCAAAGUACAAGACCUGUAUGGCAGGCUACGGAUUCAAGAUUUAGAAGAAUGUUGUGGUAGAGAAUAGUGUACGAGUAUGGAACAGCAUUGCGAGGCGUCGAAUACAGUCGGUAGUAGAGUGGAUGGGAAAUAGUGCAUGCACACAUGGUUGGGAUGUAUAUGAUAGACAACGCGCCUUAGGGUCUCGCAACUUUAAUAUCUUCGAACAUUGCCAUACGGUCCAUUGGAUAAUAAGGUAUGAUUCUGUAAAUACUCUUACUUUUAUUGUACAAAACUUGGGUAUCUGGUAUUUUAGCAUAGGCUCGACGAGUGCGAGCAUCAUUGCGACUUCUUUUCCAUGGGCUCAGCUUUCGGCGAUGCCCAGGCUACAAGGUGACUUUCUUUCAGAAGCGUCCAAACGCACCAGAUAUAACAAAUACCAAACCCUGGUG